GACGCGCUUGGUCAGAACGAGCUGGACUGUAAACAUGGCUCUUAUCUUGUUACGCUCAUCUGGCAACGGUCUCUCAUACUAAAUAUCACCUCGCUGGACGGGUAAUGCUGCACUAUGGGUGUAAAGUCGCUAUGGAACCUCCUGGAACCAGUUGGCCGGCCUGUCCUUCUCGAAACAAUGGAAGGCAAGGCGAUGGCCAUUGAUUCCAGUAUAUGGAUCUACCAGUUUCAGGCUACAAUGCGUGACAAGGAGGGCAGGGGCCUUGUCAACGCCCAUGUCGUUGGUUUCCUGCGAAGAAUUUGUAAACUACUGUUCUACGGAAUCAAGCCUGUUUUCGUCUUCGAUGGCGGUGCGCCUGCUCUCAAGAAGUCAACUAUCGCUGAGCGUAAGCACAAGAAGGCGGGUGCGGCUGCCAGCCAUGUCAAGAUUGCUGAGAGGCUGCUUGCUGCUCAGAUGAGAAGGGAGGCUCUGAAUCAGGUCCAAGGAGCAUCAUCUAAAGGAAAGAAAAGAGAUGGUCCUGUUGUGAUUGACGAGAACACAGUCUAUCUUGAGGAUCUUGAUGUCGAUGCUCCUGUAACCCCGAAGAAGCCUGCUGCUUCAGCACCAACUGAGAGCUCUCCUCCCUCCACGUCAAAGAAGUCUCGCUGGCGCGACCACGACCCAUAUAAGCUCCCAGAUGUUGAUUUGAACGAGGCUAUAGCAAAGGCUACAAGUUCAAAUCCAUCAGACCCUCGUCUUGCCACUGAAGAUGAGCUGCGUGCGUUCAUCGAAGAGAUGCGUCCUGAAGAUUUUGAUGUAUCCUCUCCUGCUUUCCGUGAAUUGCCCACGGAGGUACAAUAUGAAAUUAUUGGUGACCUUCGUCUCAAGUCUCGACAAACGUCAUAUAAGCGUCUGCAGAACAUGCUUCGAAAGGCGAGGACGCCUCUUGAUUUCUCUAAGGAGCAGAUCAAGAAUCUCAAGCAGCGCAAUUCCUUGACGCAACAAUUGUUGAUUACUACCGACACUAUCGGUAAAGCGCAUGUCGAGAUACCCAUUCGUAUUGCGAGCGAACGAAAUAAGCAGUACCUGCUUGUCAAGAAUGAAGGUGCUGAGGGAGGGUGGAUCCUCGGCGUGCGCGACGAAGGUACCCGGUCAAAACCUAUUGAGAUUGACCAAGAUCUCGUGAAGCCAGCUGAUGAGGAGGAGGAAGAGAAUAGUGAGAUGGAGAUGGAGGAAGUCGAAAUUUCUACUCCUAAUACUCCACACGAUCCCGACUUACGAGAAUAUCGGAGAACUAUGGCCCUCAAUGCCCUUGCUGAGCGGUACUCUCCCAAGAAGUUGGCGCCUCUCACAACACAAAAGGUUGUUCACAAGCUUAACACGAAGCCUCUGUUCAAUCUUGACCGAGACGAUCCAGACGCUCAGAUCUUGGAGGAGGAAGACCCCGAAUUGACGGCUGCCAUUGAAGCCUCUGUUGAGACGCAGGAAGAGUUGGACAUGCAGAGAGCCAUUGAGAUCUCCCGCACUGAACGCCUGGCUUCUGACUACCCGGCCGAGACCAACAUUGGGGCUUCAACGUCUCGUUCCCCUUUGGACAACAGUUUUUCUCUGCGAACCCCGUCGAGGCCACCUUCUCCUAGGGUCUGGGCUCAUAGUGUUGAAAAUUCAGACGAUGAAGAUUUAUACACAUCUCCAACCCGGCUGGAGACUGCGCUGUCUAUUGGCGGUGCAAGCAAAAAACCCAUGUCGGGAAGCACAAUGUUUGGUACACCCUCAUUAUUAGUCUCCAGCAGCCAUCAGGGUUUCAAGACAACUUUACCGGAUAACGGUAAUGCCCAAGAUGUAUCAUUCGUGGAGCGUCGAUCUAUGUCCGCUUCUGCAGUCUCUCCACAAAAAGUGUCGCCAACCUCUACGAAGUUACGGCGUGAGAGGGCAACUCCUAUACCGGUUGUUUCUUCGGAUGAGGAGGAAAUGGAUGAAGUCAUACCUCCUGCUACUUCGGAGGUGAUAAUUUCCCAAGAAGCUACGCGACAAAUAUCUCCUCCACCGGUAGAAGUUUCGCCAUCUGACGAAGAUGAAGAUGAGGACAUGGAAGAAGUCGUUCCUCCACCUGGUUCCGUUAUGAACGAGCAACAGGAGAGGUCAAUUUCUGUUGUUUCAAGAACGCUAGGCGUUGAGGUUGAGACCUCGCAAGCGGUCGAUACUUCAAUUCCAUCUCCGGUUGCUUCAGCAUCUCCUGAAUUCGAGGACGUCGCAAGGACGAAUGCCUUUUCUCAUCCUAUUCCCAAUAUUGCACCCGUCAUUUACACUGAAACUGCGAUUGCGACCCCCGACGAAUCUUCUAGCGAUGAGGAGGGCUCACAGCAUUGGUCUGGUUCACCUUCGUUCAAUCAUGCAUUGGACAAUGAAGAUAAACCACUCGAGAAACCUGUACAAGUAGUUGAGGACUGGGAUGCAGCUCAGGAGAUGGAUCCUCAAGCUGAGGAAGGCGAGUAUGUACGCUUCAUGUCCCAAGUCAGAGGCAAGGAUCUGGAGAGCGUCCGAAGAGAGAUCGAUGAUGAGAUUCGAUCGUUGAAUCAACAACGGAAAGCUGCCAUGCGCGACUCAGAGGACAUUACGCAGCAAAUGAUUUCACAAAUCAUGAUGAUGCUACGUUUGUUCGGCAUCCCCUACAUUACCGCACCAAUGGAAGCCGAAGCUCAAUGCGCAGAGCUUCUUGCCCUAGAGCUUGUCGACGGGAUCAUCACCGACGACUCUGACGUGUUCCUCUUUGGCGGAGCGCGUAUCUUCAAGAACAUGUUCAACCAGUCCAAGACCGUGGAAUGCUUCCUAUUAUCCGAUCUUGAACGCGAGCUGGGAUUGGAUAGGGACAAGUUAAUUCGAUUGGCGUAUCUUCUUGGCAGUGAUUACACUGAAGGUCUUCCUGGGGUUGGACCUGUUGUGGCCAUGGAGCUGUUAACCGAGUUUCCUGAUAAGGAUGGCUUGCAUAAAUUCAAAGAGUGGUGGAGAAGGGUACAAAGCGGCAAGGAUAAGCCGGAGGAGAGCGCAAGCAAGUUUCGCAAGCGUUUUAAGAAGCGGUUCAAAGAACUCUUCUUGCCCGAAGAUUGGCCAAACCCUGCUGUGAGAGAUGCUUAUUACCACCCGACGGUCGACCACUCAGAAGAGCCCUUCAAGUGGGGCUUGCCAGACUUGGACGCCCUUCGCGACUUCUUUGGUGCCGAGCUUGGUUGGAACCAAGGCAAAGUUGACGAUCUUCUGCUGCCCAUCAUUCAGAAGAUGAAUAAACGAAGCCAGCAAGGGGCAUUGAACAAACAAGGUAACCUUACGGGCUCCUUCGACGUUCCUUCAGGAGGAGCUGCCCCUCGCAAACGACAAGCGUAUGCAAGCAAGCGUUUGCAGCAGGUUGUUUCCGAAUUUCGAAAGAAGCAGAAGGCUGAAAGUAACGCUCCCUCGCCGGAAAGCAGUUCUGAACAAGAUGACACUGAGCCCAGGCCGAAGAAGAGGCGAAAAGCGAGCGAAACACCAUCGGCCUCAAGCACGAGGAAGAACGGUGGGGUAGAACGUGGUACAGGUCGGGGUCGGGGAAGAGGACGUGGAAGAGGUAGUAAAGCCACUCGGGGUAAGAGGGCUGCAAAGGGUAAGGCUCGGGCUCAGUCAGGGUCAGAGGAAGACGAGUUCAAUGAGAAGUCUCCUGCUGCAGCUGGAGCUAUACCGGAUGCACCCUUGUCUGUAGAGCUUAGACCGCGUCCGAAACCGAGGCCCCGACGAAUGACCGAGGUGGAGAAUGCGAUAGAUUCUAGUUGAUGUCAUGGUCCAACGGACGUAAAAUAAUUGAGACAGAACGGUUCCGAAUCGGACGUUAAAUGGCAGACAGAAUCAGAUAGAUUGGGGGCUAGCGCUACGAGAUACAUCUAUUCACUCCUCUGGUUCUGAUUCAUGCUCGGGGCGGGCCUAUAAGGAAUGCGUUUGGAAAGAGCAAGAUAACCUUACCAAACUUGGGACUUACCUUGUUCUCCUCCAAUCCCCCGAGCUCGUUUACCAGACCUGAGAAUGGAUACUCCCGUGGCACCGCUGGUCUGUCCGGUAUCAAAGCGAACUUGACAACAAGACCAAAAAUCACGAAGCCGAGGACAGCAAUCGAGGAUUGCUUGAGGGCGACGUUUGGAGGAACGAGAGGAAUGUCGGGACCCCACAUGGAAAAGGCCUCCUCGUUCUCAUGCAACUGCACAUAGCAUAUUAUUGUUAACGUAACGUGAUGAAUCCGAUCUUUGAGUAACACAUACGGGCUCUCCAAAGUUACGCCGC